AUGGCCCCGCCCCUUCGGCUCCCUCUGUCGCUUCCCGCGGCCUCUGCCCGCCCCUUUUCCUCGCUGACACUCCGAAGCAGCUCGGGGCCGCCAUUGGCCUUCGGCUGCAUGCGCGGGCCGGGAUUCGCGCCCCCGAGGCCCCGCCCCCGCCUUCCCGCUGCUCGUCCUGUGAUUCGUCAAGGUGCUUGUCCGUUCCGCUUCCCCGCCCGCCCUCUGCGCCUUCGGGUCCGGAAGAGCGGCGACGGAGCGGCGCAGGGGCUGCGCGGCAAUGGGGCGACGCGGAGCCCUCGCGCGGACGGUGAGGGGCGGGCGGGAGCGGGGCUCCGGAGGGGCGGGGCGGCCGCAGGGCCUUCUCGGGCGAGGGGGCCUCCGGCGCUUCCCUCGGGAUGGACUGGAAGCCCCUCGGGGCAGGCAGCUGCCGCAGCAGCAGAGAAGCCUUCCCCACAGGACCGGGCCAGAAGCCCGUCCGGUGCCGCAGUCUUUAUACCCAGCCCAGGAGCAGUGCCUGGCCUGGUUGGCCUUCCCACGCCUCCCUCGCAGCACCUGCUGUUCAGCGGUAGACUGUCGUGGCACCUGGAGGCUCCAUUUAGUUUUCAUGGCUAGUGGCUGAGGGUAGCUAUAGCUUAGAGAUUUCCUUAAGCAUUUUGCUCAUCAUACUAAGAAUAAAAUUUCGUAAUGCAUUCCCCCCCUCCAAAUGUUUUUUCUUUUGCAAAAAAACCCCAAAAGGCUUGGUGGGGUGUGAUGGGAAAAAGGGCCAUUUCUAGGGUCCCCCCCCCCACCGUCACAUUUUUAGAUCUGGCCAAUAGGAGUUUAUCUAAAAGAGGUUGUUGCCAUGUCUGUUGGGUUUCCAUUGAUGUGCUCAAGGACGUGUCUGACAAAACCCACCCUUGCAUAAGAGAAUUGCAACAGUUCAGCACAAAAUAAUAGUAAAAUAACUGUCAUCCUAUGGGAGAUGAUUCUUGAUGGAAAUAUGGAGGGCUGGAUUUGGCAACUGUCAGUUAAAGAUAUUUCAGGGAUGGCAAAUAUUAAAGAUAUUUCAGGGAUGGCAAAUAUUAAAGAUAUUUCAGGGAUGGCAAAUUAUGGAAUUAUGCAGUGUGUGAAGAAACACUUCAUUUUCGUAGCCCCAAAACUUUCUGCCAAUUGGCUUAUUUAAAUUACUACGACUUAAGAGGGAAAUUCUCAGCAGAGGUGGGGAUCUAUUAUUGUAUUGGGAAGGCAGAGUUGAAUUGUCUCCACUCUCCAGCCUCCUGAAGGGAUCCUUUCCACUUUCUCCAAUAUGUACUUAGUGUGCUGCAUAGCUUUCUGAGACUGCAACUGAGUGAGUUGCUGUGUUGUUUUGGGGCUGGGUUGCAUGGAUCUUUGUGAACUUUCUGGAAUGGUUUGCUGGUUGACUAAUGUUCAGGGCUGAUGUGCAUACAUGUAGCUCUUUAGAAAGAUAAAGAGAUUUUAUGACUAGUAAUGGCUGGAACAGAUUUUUCUUUUUGGAGUCCUGCUAUGACUUUUAGGAAGGUGAUGUAAGGGUUUGCUUUUGACAUGUUACUGAAAACUAACAUGGUUUAUUAUUCCUCUUAUAGAUAUGUGUGUGGUCCCAUAUGUCUUGAUAGACCUAUCCCUCCCCCCCCCCCAAAAAAAAAGACACGUUUUCCCACUACACUGUGAAAUGGCCUUCAGAGGCAUCUCUGACUGGGCCAUAAAGCAACAAGAGGCUGUUUGCUCAGUUUGAGUUGCUUGGGCACUUGAAGAAUCUGAUGUGGCGCCAGGUUCUGUAAAGGGGUACAAUACAUGUUGGAUGCUGCUUUUGACACUUAAUUUUGAACUAGGUUGCUGAAAUGGCAGAACCUGGUUCUGCUUGGCUGUAGAAGUAAUUACUUUUUUGGAAAGUGUUUAUUGUUCUGAGCCUACCAUUGCAGGAACUGGUGCCAAGGAUGACCUAACACAAUUAACCACACUCUUUUCUUACCAGUUAGGGCUGUGGAAAUCUACUGCAAUACUUUUAACAAUCACUGAUCAUGAUUUGGUGCCUGUUCAUUUGUUUGUUCCUUAUAGGAUUGACAGUACUAGUGGUACAGUAGUAUAUUCACAUUAAUCUUAUUGUGAAUGUGUAGUUUUGCAAAUAACUUUUUUAAACUUGCCAUGCCCAUUCUUUGAGAGUGAGGAUGAACCUAUAUAUGACAGUGCUGGCAGUGCUGUUUCUGUAUCCAGACGGUUUCCAGUAGUCUUGGAGCUGCCAAGAAUAAGAAGCUGCUGGGAACAUCAUGGUAGCACCAUUCUGGGCAGAUGCUCAGUUCUUCUGGACAUAAAGGCUUAAAGGCUGGAAUAACAUUCCAAUGCAAGAAUUCCAAUACAGGAGGGAAAUGGAUCGUGAAUAUAGUUGGUAGCCCCAACUAAACAAGGCAUUUCUUCAGGGCUGAGGAAGUUCAGAAUCACUGCAUAGAGUUCAAUCCCUCAGAGAUUAUUAUUGCAGUUGUGGAAUGCAGCCACCUGUGAAACAUCUAGGCAAGCUGUGAAGUGCAAGUAGAUAAAUAGGUACCAUUCUGGUGGGACGGUAAACUGCGUUUUCAUGUGCUGCUCUGGUUUCCCCAGAAGCGGCUUAGUCAUGCUGGCCACAUGACCCGGAAGCUGUACGCCGGCUUCCUCGGCCAGUAAAGAGAGAUGAGCACCGCAACCCCAGAGUCGUCCGUGACUGGACUAAUGGUCAGGGGUCCCUUUACCUUUACCUACUCAGUCCACUGCCUGUUUCUCUUUCUCUUGUUUUAUUUUGAAGUAGGGUAGUUUUACUAAGUGUCACUUUGGAUCCUGCUCCAACAGUUGAAGACCAGUGAUCGAAGUCAGCCUUUCCCAACCUGGCUCCGCAGACGUUGUUAUACUACAAUUCCCAUCAUCCCUGACCAUUGGCUGUGCUGGCUGGGGCUGAUGGGAGUUGCUUAAAAUCCCAUCCAGGAGUUAAGCGCUAGUAAUUCUGUUUCUCUCUCUGUGUGUGUGGUGAUUAGUAACCAGGGCAUUUCCUGCUGUCUCCUCUGAGGCAUCCCUGCCCAGGCAUGUGACUGAGAUUAGAGCAGGGAGGGCAGGCAAGGCUGACAGAUUGACUUUUGCAUCUUGACUUUUGCAUUUUGAGAGCCAAUGUGGUGUAGUGGUUAAGAGCGGUAUUCCCGUAAUCUGGUGAACUGGGUUCGCGUCUCCGUUCCUCCACAUGCAGAUGCUGGGUGACCUUGGGCUAGUCACACUUCUCUGAAGUCUCUCAGCCCCACUCACCUCACAGAGUGUUUGUUGUGGGGGAGGAAGGGAAAGGAGAAUGUUAGCCGCUUUGAGACUCCUUAGGGUAGUGAUAAAGUGGGAAAUAAAAUCCAAACUCUUCUUCUUCUUCUUGUUUCCCUUGGAAAGCCCUUUUCUCCGAUGUGCAUUCAUUCAUACUUUCUAAACUGAAGGUUGAGGUUCUUUUUGCUGCUUCUUUUAGGAGGUGGAGGAUGGAGAUAGGGUGUGAAUGGAACUGUGAAGGCAGUGUUCUAAGUUCUGUCCCUAAUUUGAGAAUGGGGUUGGGCCUGGUGAGUAAGCGACAGAGCACCUGCAUCCUGGUUUGUUUGUUUUUUUAGUUUUUGUAACACUGGGGAACUCUUCUCACAUUUGCCUCUUGACUUCUCAGGAGCUGUUUGA